AUGCAUUACACGCCUCCUCGUUGUUACUAUGAGGUCUUGGGCGUCGCCAAAACCGCGACAGCCGAUGAGAUUAAGAAGAGCUACAGGAAACUGGCAAUAAGAUGGCAUCCAGACAAGAAUAUCGACAAAAAGGAGGAAGCGACGGCGCGCUUCAAGGAGAUUUCCGAGGCCUACGAGGUCCUCUCAGAUCCUGAAAAGCGCCGCAGAUAUGACCUCUCCGACAGCUUCAACGUGAACGGGCCUCGGAUGCGGCGGACAGCGAGCAGGCACUCUGCCGCCCAAGCCGAGGCGGAGGCUGCCGCGGCCGCCGCAGAGUUCGAGCGCUUCCACCGGAAUUUCCACUUUGCAGACGCUCAGCGAAUCUUCGAGAUGGCCUUCGGCCCCGGGGGCCCGUUUGGCGACGACCUGUUCCGCUCAGUCAGCCAAGAUUUCGGGCUCGGCGCCUUCGGCCCGCAUCGCGGGAGCCGUUCUGCCGGAUUUGGCAGCCAGCUCCACCGAGCCCACGGAAGCGCCUCCGGAGGCCCGUUUGGCAGAGACCCCUUCGCCGAUUUCUUCGGCGGAGAUCCGUUUGGCGGGAGCUUCAUGCAUUCCUUUUCCGGCAUGGGAGGCCCCUUUGGCUCGACGCACAUGGGCAGGAGUUCAUUCGUUUCUUCGAGUAGCUCCUCCCGAACUGGCGCUGGAGGCGUCAGCCGCUCAACUUCCACUUCAACUCGCAUCGUCAAUGGUCGCAGGGUGACGGUCACGGAAGAGGUUGUAACGGAGCCAGACGGAACCGUCCAUCGCUCCGUGACUCAGGAGGAAGACGACGGCACGGGGCAUGUGCGGCGGGUGCAGCUGCCGUCGUCCAGCCACAGCCACCGGUCCAUAGUCUAUCACUAG